UCUGCCAUAGUUGAGCAAAUAAGUCAAUAAAUAUAUAUAUUUUGAUGAGUGUCAAGAGGCUGUGUUGAAAAAUUCAUUGCUCGGUGCUGAAAAUCUAUAGUUCACGUUACGUGCAUUAUAAAUUUUCCGUAUUUACCGGCAAAGUGAAACUCGUGUGAGACGCACUUUUACCAAGCGCAUAAACUCGAAUGUAUCAACGUACUACUGAGCUCUGUUGGAAGCAAAAUCUGUUGUACUGUGUAGUUGUAUAUACAAAAGAAUUAUAAUUACAAUUAAGUUAAUUAAGUACAAUUAAGUUAAUUACAAGAAUUAACGAGAGAAUAAAGUGUCUGUCUGAUAUAUAAGCACAUGGACCACAUGGACGAGGCAACAGAAUAUAAUAGCGAGAUGGCAGAAGUCAAAGGAACGUUUAAAUUGAAAUUUUGCGAAGUGUGCGGUGCGGAAGCCAAGUAUACUUGUCCAAAAUGUGAGGUUAAAACGUGCUCUCUCACGUGCGUCGAUAUUCACAAAAAAGAAUUAGAAUGUAAUGGAAUCCGAAAUAAAGUCAAAUACGUUCCUUUGAACGAAUUUACCGAUUUGGAUUUACUAAAUGAUUAUCGUUUUCUCGAAGAGGUCAAUAGAUUACUUAAUAAGAAAAAAACAUAUGCAGAUAUGAAGAUAAGAGACAAACUUGUUCCAGUGCACUUAUAUAAACUGAAGAAAGGUGCAGCUCAGAGAAAAGUAUUACUAUUAUUUAUGCCAUACAUGUUCACUAGGCAUAGAGAAAAUACUACGUAUCUCAAUUGGAAAACAAAUGAAUUGUUCUGGCGAUUGGAGUGGAUAUUUCCACAAGCGGAAAAUAUAAAAUGCAUUACCGAAAAAGCACUAGACACCACAAGAUUGGUAACAAUUUUAGAACAGAUUCUAAACCCAAUCUCUUCAGAAGAUACUGACAUAGAGGAACUAGAUUUAAAAUUAAAAUUAGCUGAGAAAUUACAAUUUUAUAGAGCAGCCGGAUUGAGUGUUAUCAAGGUUCUCUUAAAAGCUGAAAAAGUUAAAAAUGCUAAGCUUAAGUUUUAUGAAUUAGAUCUUGAACUCACAUUGAGGGAAAAUCUAGAAGACAAGAUUAUAGUGGAAUUUCCAACAUUGCACGUUAUUAUGAAAGAUCAUGUGAAUAUGUACGAGAUCAUAGACAGCGAUGAAGAAAUCUGCGAUACAGAGUGCAAAGAUUUCAAAGCAAAUAUUGAAACAAAAAGAAAAGAAAAUAUCCGAAAUAAUAAGAAAGAAACUAAAUCAAUAAAUUAUUUCUUUAACGAUCUUUCGGAAUCUGAUGAUGAGAAACCCACUAUUAAAAAGGAAACACCAUCGUCGUCGGAACUUAAUAUACCGAGUUAUGAUGAACUAGUCAAAAUGUAAAUUGUAUAAAAUUUUUUGUACCAUAGAAAUAUACUUUUGUAAUGUAUAGAA